CAGAGUUUGGAAGUGCGGAGACGGUGCCGGCAAGAGCCAGGAAAGGGAUGUCGCUAAGUUCUAUUGAGGUAGCUUUCCUGGCGAGGGCGAAGCGUUUACCACCUAAUUAAAUUUUUCUCUCUCGGAGUUCAUUCUUCCAGCGCUGCUCAGGGAUAUGGAUCUGUUUUCCGUCAGACUCACCUUCCUCUGUCUCAUCUUAUGUAAGUCCACAAUUUGUAAAGAGAGCGGCCAUGGACUUGCAGAAGAUGAGCUCUUCAAAAAUCUCUUCAUUGGCUACAACAAGUGGUCAAGACCGGUCUCUAACAUCUCAGACGUGGUGAUUGUUAAGUUUGGCCUUUCCAUAGCUCAGCUAAUUGAUGUGGAUGAGAAGAAUCAGAUGAUGACGACCAACGUGUGGCUGAAGCAGGAGUGGAACGAUUACAAACUACGCUGGAAGCCUGCGGACUACGAGAACAUCACCUCCAUAAGAGUUCCCUCAGAACUCAUCUGGGUGCCUGACAUUGUCCUCUAUAACAAUGCAGAUGGAGAGUUCGCUGUGACCCACAUGACCAAAGCUCAUCUCUUCUACACGGGAAUGGUGCGUUGGGUACCGCCGGCCAUCUACAAGAGCUCCUGCAGCAUCGACGUCACUUUCUUCCCCUUCGACCAGCAGAACUGUAAAAUGAAGUUCGGAUCCUGGACGUAUGACAGGGCCAAGAUCGACCUUGAGUGCAUCGAGAAGACGGUGGACCUGAAGGACUAUUGGGAGAGCGGGGAGUGGGCCAUAGUGGACGCUGUGGGAACCUACAACACCAAGAAGUACGACUGCUGCCAUGAGAUCUAUCCAGACAUCACCUACUACUUCAUCAUCAGAAGGUUGCCUCUCUUCUACACCAUCAACCUCAUCAUUCCCUGUCUGCUCAUCUCCUGUCUGACCGUGUUGGUCUUCUACCUGCCUUCAGACUGUGCUGAGAAGAUCACCCUGUGCAUCUCGGUCCUCCUCUCCCUCACCGUCUUCCUCUUACUCAUCACUGAGAUCAUCCCAUCCACGUCACUGGUCAUCCCCCUCAUCGGCGAGUACCUGCUCUUCACCAUGAUCUUCGUCACACUUUCCAUCGCCAUCACGGUCUUCGUGCUCAACGUGCACCACCGUUCUCCGCGAACCCACACGAUGUCGCGCUGGGUCCGUUCCGUUUUCUUGGGCUCCAUCCCGCGCUGGCUCUUCAUGAGGCGCCCAGCCGCGGCCGAAAGGCGCCGCCGGUGCCUCUUGCACCAACCGCCUCGUAGCCGCAGCCAGGUGGCGCUGCUCACCACCUCCCGGAGUUGGCUACAGGAGACAGAUGUAGAUGUCUGGGAUCCACCGAAUGCAUUUCCCGCACGAUGCCUGGACUCUUGUUCUUCAUCUCCAAAUGCCUGCUUGCUCCACCAGCCAGACUGUGGAGUCCCUCAGUCCCUGGGUCUCCGCACGGACGCCUCGCAGCCCCAAAGCACCAGCUCAGAGUCUCACCUUGCCCCGCCUUUCUCACCCAGUGUCAUGCAUGCACUGGAGGGAGUCCAGUACAUCGCAGACCACCUGAGAGCAGAAGAGGCUGACUUUUCCGUGAAGGAAGACUGGAAAUAUGUCGCCAUGGUGAUCGACCGCAUCUUCCUGUGGAUGUUCAUCCUCGUGUGCCUGCUGGACUACAGGAAGAAAGUCACCCAGCAAAGCAAGAAUGUGCCAACUCCACACAGUAAGCAGAGGAGGGACUUGAAAACCCGACCCUGGAGGAGAAUGGAACGGGGCCAACUAUUGUGCUACGCCUGAGAAGGAAGAUGCAAACAGCAAACACACAGGGCUCUUAAGUUCAAUACAGCGAUAAGAUAUGAUGAGAUGAAGCAAAUGAAAACACACUCAUGUUAAUAAAGAUUUAAUCUCCGAA